AUGACAGAUACUCGCGGCAGAAUACACCCUCGUUUCGUCUCUAUCGGCGCAAACCGAAUUCCGGCCGCCUCGGACUGGGACAUAAACUCUGGGUUUAUUGCUUAUGGCGCUGGUAAUGUGAUUGCCUUAUGGAGGAUCGAUGAGACCGAAAAAUCCUCUUCUGGUGUUUUUGCAACCCUAAAGGGUCAUACCGAUAAAGUAUCUGCCGUCCGGUUCUUGGACGGUACACCGGACUCUUCAUCGAUACUACUAUCUGGAGGAGUUGACAAAGUUCUUCGGGUGUGGAAGCUUGUGAAGCCGUUUACUGCUUCGGAUAUACCUCGCUAUGAGUUACUAGUUCAAUCCCCACCACAUGAUGGGUCGAUUGUGGAUAUUGCGGUUGAGAGGGUGGGCAGUAAACACAGCAAUGGUUCUUCUGAAGACACAGAGAAAAAGGAAAACGGUACAAUCAUCGCUUCGGCAUCUGCAGAUGGGAGUAUCAAGAUCUGGAGACUUGAUGCAUCGAAGGAAGAAGAGAAGGUUUUAACACAUCUACAAACCCUGACUACGAAGCCAAAGUACUUCCCGCUUAGCAUCGCACUCGCAAAACUUUCUUCAGCAAAUAAGAAGGAUGGGGUCGAGGCAGGGGAACGGACAGAAGCCGACGUCUGGGUCCUGGCUAUAUCUGGCUCUUCAAACUCUAUUCAAAUAUUUGUGGGUAGUACUUUCGAGGACAAAUCCGAUUUUGCACUUUCAGCCACCUUAACCGGUCACGAAAAUUGGAUCCGUUCUCUAUCUUUCGUCCGUGAAGCCAGCACAGACGAUCUGCUCCUCGCAACUGGCAGUCAAGAUCGCUAUAUUCGUCUCUGGCGUGUACACCGUGGUACUGCACUACCCGCCCAGUCUGCAGGUUCAAAGAUGAUGAUCAUGGGACAAGCUCUAUCCAAUAAAGCUCAUCGAUUUUCGGCUGGGAGUGGUAAACAGGAUUAUUCGAUUACCUUUGAAGCUUUACUAGUGGGUCACGAGGAUUGGGUUUACUCUGCGUCAUUUAGAAAGGAUACAACAGAUGGGAAGAUCAAACUAUUAACUGCAUCUGCGGAUAAUUCGCUAUCAAUAUGGGAGGCGGAUGAAACUAGUGGUAUAUGGGUGUGUACCGCAAGAAUGGGUGAAGCGAGUGGUAUGAAAGGUUCGAGUACCGCGACCGGUAGCACAGGCGGCUUUUGGACUGGAUUGUGGAGUCCUUAUGGGAACAAUGUAGUAUCAUUUGGCAAGAAUGGUGGGUGGAGAAGGUGGAAUACUAGUGGGGAAGGGGAGUGGGUGCAGAAGGGAGCUGUGGCAGGACAUAUUAGAGAUGUUAUGGGAGUUUCGUGGGAGAAAGAGGGGAAGUAUCUACUUUCUACGAGUUUGGAUCAAUCGACCCGGCUUUAUGCCCGCUGGAAGUCUUCGAAACACAGACCAUUCUAUGAGUUUUCGAGGCCACAGAUUCACGGUUAUGAUAUCAACUCUAUUGUCUCCAUCAGUCCUACAAAAUUCGUGAGCGGCGCAGAUGAAAAACUUAUGCGAGUCUUCGGCGAGCCGAGGGGAAUCGCUAAGAUGCUAGAAGACCUGUGCGGCAUCCAGCAGGCAGAUAUAGAUUCAUUGCCUGAUGUGGCCAGUCAGCCUGUAUUAGGACUGUCAAACAAAGCCGUCAAUACUGCCCCCGAAGAAAAUGGAGAAGGAGAAGAAAAUGAUCAAGACGCCGAAGGACAUGCAUACCCUCCAUUCGAGGAUUCGUUAUCGAGACAUACGCUUUGGCCUGAAGAAGAGAAGCUGUAUGGACAUGGAUACGAGAUUUCUACAAUUGGGUGUAGUAACGCUGGAGAUGUUAUUGCUACAGCAUGUAAAGCUUCAUCGAUAUCACACGCGGUUAUCAGGAUGUUCGAGACAAAAACAUGGAGACAGCUCAAACCAGCGUUGGAAGCGCAUUCUUUGACGGUGAACAGAAUUGCCUUUUCGAGGGAUGACACUUACAUGUUAAGCGUGGGGAGAGAUAGGCAGUGGACGGUGUUUGAAAGAGUUACAGAAGGGUUGGAGGAGUUUGGUGCACCAUAUAAACCUAUGCAGGUGAUGGCCAAGGCUCAGACGAGAGUUAUCUUUGAUGGAAAGUGGGUCCCUCUAGAGGCUGGAAGGGCCUUUGUUACAGCGGCGAGAGACAAAACGGUGAAAGUUUGGGAAUUACAGGGUAAAGAUUGGGGGUGUACUGAAACGGUCAAGUUUGAGGAGCCGAUUACGGCUAUCGAUAUACUAGAUCGGGUGAUUGAUCUAGACGAGGGCCGAUUUGUGGUGCUGGCAGUAGGGCUGGAGAGCGGUGCUUGGAGUGUUUAUAAGGCUAAAGUGAAAGAGGGUGGUGGGAUCGAGGGGUGGGGGCAAUGGGUAGAGGUCGAUGGAUACAUUGCACCUGCGAAAGCAAUCACACAAAUCGCCUGGAAACCUAGCGGGGAGGACAAGACUUUUGAAGUCGCGAUCUCGAGCGAAGACUCUUCAGUUAGAAUAUAUGAGAUACAGACAUAA